AUGCGUUUCUUUGAAACUGUUACUGCUGCUCUCUUUUUUGGAGGUGCAUUGGCUGCUCCUUUCCGUCAUCCCCAUCACUUGCACCAUAAGCGUGAUGGCGUUGUCACUUCUCAGGUAGUCGCCUAUACCACUGUUGUCGCAGGAGGCUCUUCUUCAGUUAGCCCUACUAGCUCUUCUUCUACUGUUACACCUAGCUCUUCUUCCACAACUUCUUCUUCUUCCGCUGCUGCCCCUAGUAGCACUGGUGGCUCUUCUAGCUUCCAAGACGGUGUUUAUGAUUGCUCCAGCUUCCCUUCCGAUCAAGAAGGUAUUGUUGCCCUUGAGUACCUCGGUCUUGGCGGUUAUACGGGCAUCCAAAUCGGUAACGGUGCUGGAAGUUCUUGUAGUGAAGGUGCUUACUGCUCCUAUGCCUGUAAGCCCGGUAUGAUGAAGACUCAAUGGCCCUCGGAGCAACCUGGUGAUGGUGAAACCCGUGGUGGCUUGGUGUGCAAGAAUGGUAAACUUCACCGCACAAACACUGAUAAGAAUAGCCUUUGUGAAGAGGGUCUUGGAUCUGCUUCUGUUCAAAACAACCUCGGUCAGGGCGUUGCUAUUUGCCAAACCGACUAUCCCGGAAGUGAAAACAUGGUUAUUCCCACUUUUGUUGAUGGUGGUGCCACUUCUGCUUUGACUGUUACUGACAACAACAGUUACUUCCACUGGCGCGGAAUGGGUACUUCUGCCCAAUUCUAUGUUAACAAGGCUGGUUAUUCUGCCGAGAAGGGUUGCCAAUGGGGUAACCAAAAUGAUGAUUUUGGUAACUGGGCACCUCUUGUCUUUGGCGCUGGUAUGACUGAUGGAAUUACCUGGUUGUCUAUUUUCCAAAACCCCUUGACCAGUCAAAAGGCCAACUACAAUGUUAAGAUUGUCGGUGAUGACGGCGCCAACGUUAGUGGUGACUGUGUCUUUGAGAACGGUUCCUUCGGUAAUGGUUCCAAUGGCUGUACUGUUGGUGUUACAUCUGGAUCCGCCAAGUUUGUCUUUUACUAA